UGAAAAGUGUAAAUAUUGGGGUCUUUAUCAGUAAGUCUGAGAGGAGGAUCCCGCAAGAUGUGCUCCUUUCUUCCCACUACUCUCUAAAUUCUUCGUGUAUGAACAGGAGUUUUUUCUCCYUUAGGCUUUGUCUCCUUCCCGAGGCAUCGGUAUGUGACAGCCCAGUGUGUGCGUGUGGCAGGGGAUCAGGAACAGCUGGGGGUAGGGAACUGGUUGGGAAUAGGGAACCGGCUGAGCAGAGCUGGCUUCUGUUGUGCAAAUAACUCUGCUUGCACAAGGGGCGGGAAAGGAAGUAAAAGAAACUGCAGUCACUGUGUGAGCGAUAGGAGAUUUAAUGUUACCAGGAACUUGGAAUUCAGARGGAGGUGGAGCUCUGUCGUGGGCUGUUACAGCUUGUUUUGAUCCAAGAAGUGUUUAAAAAGGGUCUUUGAGAAGGAACAGCAUCUACUGCUCGACCUACUUAUCGUCCGUGUGUGUGAGCAGCCUGCCGACCUGCCGGCUCCUUUCAGACCUCGCAGAGAGCUGCRCUUCCAGCCAGCAGCUCGGAGGCAGAGGGCGGGGGCAGUGGCUGAGGUGCCACGUGGGCAGAGGAAUGAACUCCCCGAUCGCUGCCGGGAGGGCACGGCCUUGGGAAACAGCUGUUUCUCCAUCGAGGUCCUUUUAAUUCCUCCCACCACAAAUCCUCUUUGGACACGUCCCUUAUAGAACAAGUCUUGUUUGGAUCCCAAGAGUUGUUGCAUCUAUGGGAAAAGCCUUUAGGGAAAGGCAACGUUUGUAGCCUCAUCCUGCACUCCAGCCCCACAGCUGCUCAGCAAAACCUCCUUACUGGCRACUCCUCCGGUGUGGGAUAUCGAGUGGCUCUCAGCCACUUCUCUCCUUCCUCACAUGAGGCAGCGGUGACAAAUUCCACCAUGUGGUGUGAAAUAGUGUCCCUUCUCCGCUCCCUGGGAAGCGCUCUGGUGUCCUACUUCGAUGAUAAAAAGAAAAGAAAAGUGGCAGAGAUUUACCAGGCUCUGAACAGUGACCCCAUUGAUGUGGCAACGCUGAGGCGGAUGGCGAUCAGUGAGGGUGGCCUCCUGACGGACGAGAUCCGGUGCAAAGUGUGGCCAAAGCUGCUCAGUGUUAAUACAGAUGACCUGCCCCCUCUUCCAGCAGGGAAGGAGCUGCGAGAGGACAGUAAGGAUUACCAGCAAGUGUUACUGGAUGUGCGGCGAUCCCUGCGCCGCUUCCCACCAGGGAUGCCCGAUGACCAGAGGGAAGGAUUGCAGGAGGAGCUCAUCGAUAUCAUCCUCCACGUCCUCAAGCGCAACCCCCAGCUGCACUACUACCAGGGCUACCAUGACAUCGUGGUCACCUUCCUCCUGGUGGUGGGGGACAGGCUGGCCACGGCACUGGUGGAGAAGCUCUCAACACAUCAUCUCAGGGAUUUUAUGGACCCAACGAUGGAUAAUACCAAGCACAUUUUAAAUUACCUGAUGCCCAUUAUAGACCAGGUGAACCCUGAGGUGCAUGACUUCAUGCAGAGUGCAGAGGUGGGCACCAUCUUUGCCCUUAGCUGGUUGAUCACCUGGUUCGGCCACGUUUUGUCUGACUUCCGGCAUGUUGUGCGAUUAUAUGACUUCUUCCUGGCUUGCCACCCACUGAUGCCCAUUUAUUUUGCGGCUGUGAUUGUGCUGCACCGGGAGCAGGAAGUUCUGGACUGCGAGUGUGACAUGGCCUCUGUCCACCACCUCCUGUCCCAGAUCCCACAGGACCUUCCCUACGAGUCUCUGAUCAGCAAAGCCGGGGACCUUUUUGUCCAGUUCCCACCAUCCGAACUCGCCAAGGAGGCAGCUCAGGCUGAACGAACUGCGGCUUCCACUUUUAAGGACUUUGAGCUGGCAUCAGUGCAGCAGAGACCAGACACUGUGUUGAGGCAGCGCUUCAGGGAGCGGYUCCGAGGGGAGGAGCGCCUCCAAGGGGAGGAGCGGACAAAAUCCAUCUUGACAAAGCCCCGGACCAACCGCUUUGUCAAGCUGGCAGUGAUGGGGCUGACGGUGGCCCUGGGAGCAGCUGCCCUGGCCGUGGUGAAGAGUGCACUGGAGUGGGCACCCAAGUUUGAACUGCAGAUUUUCCCCUGAAGCCGGAGGAAGGGCCUUCCCUGUUACCACAUCCUUCCCCGGUGGGAAGGGCUUAUGUUUGAUGAAGGACAUGUCCAGAAA